CUUAAACCGUAGCCAAGCUUGCAAACUUCUGAUUCACAUGAGAUAUUAAGCCCGCCUCAAUCAGUGUUCUAUUAAAUAUUUAUGACUGAACGUUAGCUCACUCGCAAAGCGUGCGGUUUACACGGGCAUCAUGCACUCAGGAGUGAAUAGCGAUUUGACAGUCUCAAGCUUAAAGUCCUUCGCCCCACUUCUUGUGUUUCUCGCUGUACUAUCUCGGCUACUCUACAACUACCUGCAACUUCGUAGCAUACCUGGACCCAUACUUGCGGGUUCGACAAAUCUCUGGCGAGCUUAUCUCCAAUCCCGAGGAAAGCUCAGAGAAAGGAUAAUCUCGCUUCAUGAUCAAUACGGUCCAGUGGUCAGAUAUGGUGUCAAUAUGGUCAGCAUUCGAGAUGCGAGUGUGAUUCAACAAAUAUAUACGACAGGAAAAGGCUUCACCAUUCACGACAGCUAUAGCACCCUGCUAGGAAUUGACAAAGAUGGAAAACCAGUUGAGUCCCUUAUCACAGUGAAGGAUGAAUCCAAGCAUGGGCAGAUGAGAAGAGCCAUCGCCAACGCCUUCACUGUAACGAGUGUGGGCGAGAUGGAGAGCAUAUUUGACGAGAGCAUCACGCAGCUCCUUCACGUGCUACAUCAGCGAGUUGAAAGGCGACAAAGCUUGGACAUAACGAGGCAGAUCGCAUGGUACUCACUUGACAACGCAGCAAAGAUGGUGUUUAGUGAAGAUGCGGGCUGUCUGCGGACGGAUAGCGACGCUCAGGGACUGGGAAAGAUGAUCCAAUCGCGAUUCAUGCACUGGGGGACUUGGUCGGCCAUCCCGGAAGUCGAGCGCCUAGUUUAUCGCAAUCCGAUAGCACUCCGGCUCGCAAAUAGUCAGCCAGUCGAGUUUUCCCGCAAGGCCGCGGCUCGAUACGCAGACCGGAUCGCCAAACCAUGGAUGUCAACCGAGCCUGAUUUACUCAACCGCUUGAUCGAAAGUGCUGAGAGACAUCCGGACGUGUUGAAUGCCAAGGGUAUGAUGGGCGUCAUCAUGUCGACCAUCUCGGGCGCCGCUGACACCACAGCGGCGACGCUGGUUGCGAUCUUGUACUACCUCAUCGUGAAUCCAGAUGCACGCUUGAAGCUUGAACGCGAACUGACAGAAGCAAGAGUGACGCUUCCUAUCCCAAUGUACAAGGAAGUACGUCAUCUUCCAUAUUUAGAUGCUGUGGUUAAAGAAGCCAUGCGCCUCUUUUCCCUGGUGAACUGGCCACUGGAGCGCCGCGUGCCACCAGGAGGCAUGAUUUACCAGAACUACGUGUUACCCCCAGGCACGUCCGUGGGCGUUUUUCCGGCCGCGCUGUAUAUGGAUCGGUCGACAUUUGGCUCUGACGUUGAAGCUUUCCGACCCGAGCGUUGGCUUUCGGGUGAUGGGGAGACGACGCGAAAAAUGGAAGCCAGUUCUCUCGGUUUCAGUCGUGGAAAAAGGGUGUGCUUGGGGCAAAAUAUCGCUACCAUGCAGUUGAAGAAAGUUAUUCCAACCUUGUUCCUGAACUUCACCAUCGAGCUACAAGAUGACAGUCAGGUAUUGGAUGCAGAUUUCACCCCCGCAGUAGCGUUUGUCAAACCGUUAUUUGUUAGUUUAAGCCAAAAAUAAUAAAUCAGAGAGCUCGUAAGAAGUGGGCAGAGUUAAGGGUCAUUCGUUUCGUUUCUGUUCAGAACCAUAAUGAAGACAUGAAUGGGUGACUCUUACGUUCAGUCAGUGAGAUUCUUUUACCUUGCAGAUGUGGAAUGAAAGAGCGUCUCAAUGAACAGAAAUUCUG